CCUCUGGGCACCUCCCCUCUCUCGGGAGGAUGAGACAGCCUGGGGGCCGUGGCGGAGCUGUGGUUGCUGGGUGACCGUCGGAGCCGGGACGGAGUGAGUGUCCGCUGGCGGGUGGGGACGCCCGGAAUGACCUUCGAGCUCCGGACAGGCGCAGCGAGGGCGCCCUGACCGGCUGGGGCGGCGGGCCGGGCGGGAGCCACGGGCGGCCUGUCCAGGUACAUAAUGGCAGACACCGUGUCUCCACUGAAGCACUUUGUGCUGGCAAAGAAGGCCAUCACUGCGAUCUUUGGCCAGUUACUGGAGUUUGUUACUGAAGGGUCACAUUUUGUUGAAGCAACAUACAGGAAUCCGGAACUUGAUCGAAUAGCAACUGAGGAUGAUCUGGUGGAAAUACAGAGCUACAGAAACAAGCUUGCUGUCAUUGGGGAGGUGCUGUCUCGGAGACAUAUGAAAGUGGCGUUUUUUGGCAGGACGAGUAGUGGCAAGAGCUCUGUCAUCAAUGCAAUGCUGUGGGAUAAAGUUCUCCCUAGCGGGAUUGGCCACACAACCAACUGCUUCCUGAGUGUCGAGGGAACCGAUGGAGAUAAAGCCUACCUUAUGACCGAAGGGUCAGAUGAAAAGAAAAGUGUGAAGACAGUUAAUCAGCUGGCCCAUGCUCUCCAUAUGGACAAAGACUUGAAAGCUGGCUGUCUUGUGCAUGUAUUUUGGCCCAAAGCAAAAUGUGCCCUCUUGAGAGAUGACCUGGUUUUAGUAGACAGCCCAGGUACAGAUGUUACCACAGAGCUGGAUAUCUGGAUCGAUAAGUUCUGCCUCGAUGCUGACGUCUUUGUUUUGGUAGCAAACUCAGAAUCCACACUGAUGAACACGGAGAAACAUUUUUUCCAUAAGGUGAAUGAGCGGCUCUCCAAGCCAAACAUUUUCAUUCUGAAUAAUCGUUGGGAUGCUUCUGCCUCAGAGCCAGAAUAUAUGGAGGAUGUGCGAAGACAGCACAUGGAAAGAUGCCUUCACUUCUUGGUAGAAGAGCUCAAAGUUGUGAGUCCUUUGGAAGCUCGGAAUCGGAUCUUUUUUGUUUCAGCCAAGGAAGUUCUCAACUCCCGAAAGCAUAAAGCCCAGGGGAUGCCAGAAGGUGGUGGGGCACUUGCGGAAGGAUUUCAGGCAAGAUUACAAGAGUUUCAGAAUUUUGAACAAACUUUUGAGGAGUGUAUCUCGCAGUCAGCAGUGAAAACAAAGUUUGAACAGCACACUAUCAGAGCUAAACAGAUACUAGACACUGUGAAAAACAUACUGGACUCAGUAAACGUGGCAGCAGCAGAGAAGAGGGUUUAUUCAAUGGAAGAGAGGGAAGACCAAAUUGAUAGACUGGACUUUAUCCGAAACCAGAUGAACCUUCUAACACUGGAUGUUAAGAAGAAAAUCAAGGAGGUCACGGAGGAGGUGGCAAACAAGGUUUCUUGUGCAAUGACAGAUGAAAUUUGUCGACUGUCUGUUUUGGUUGAUGAGUUUUGUUCUGAGUUUCAUCCUACCCCCAGUGUGCUGAAAGUGUAUAAGAGUGAAUUAAAUAAGCACAUAGAAGAUGGUAUGGGAAGAAAUUUGGCUGAUCGGUGCACCAGUGAAGUCAAUGCUUCCAUGCUUCAAUCUCAACAAGAAAUUAUCGAAAACUUGAAGCCAUUACUUCCAGCUGGUAUACAGAGUAAACUUCAUACACUAAUUCCUUGCAAAAAGUUUGAUCUCAGCUAUGAUCUCAAUUGCCACAAGUUGUGUUCCGAUUUUCAAGAGGACAUUGUGUUUCGAUUUUCCUUGGGCUGGUCCUCCCUUGUGCAUCGAUUCCUGGGCUCCACAAAUGCACAGAGGGUGCUGCUUGGGCUUUCAGAGCCCAUCUUUCAGCUCCCUAGAUCUCUAGCUUCAACUCCCACUGCUCCUCCUAAUCCAGCAUCGCCGGAUAAUGCAGCCCAGGAAGAGCUCAUGAUCACCUUGAUCACAGGAUUGGCGUCCCUCACAUCGAGAACCUCCAUGGGCAUCAUAGUUGUUGGGGGAGUGAUUUGGAAGACAGUGGGCUGGAAACUCAUCUCUGUUUCCUUAAGUAUGUAUGGAGCUUUGUAUCUGUAUGAAAGGCUGACCUGGACCACCCGUGCUAAAGAGAGAGCAUUUAAGCAGCAGUUUGUGAACUAUGCAACCGAAAAGCUGCAGAUGAUUGUGAGCUUCACAAGUGCAAACUGCAGCCACCAAGUACAGCAAGAAAUGGCUACCACUUUUGCUCGACUGUGCCAACAAGUUGAUGUUACUCAGAAACAUCUGGAAGAAGAAAUUGCUAGGUUAUCCAAAGAAAUAGAUCAACUGGAGAAAAUACAAAACAACUCGAAGCUGUUAAGAAAUAAAGCUGUUCAACUUGAAAGUGAGCUGGAGAAUUUUACGAAGCAGUUUCUACACUCAAGCAAUGAAGAAUCUUAACCACAGAGGCUGCAGUGAUGAUCGCAUUGUAGGAGGAAUUGGACUUGGACUAUGGGGAGAGCUAUUUUUAUGAAAUGACCUCAGUAUGAAUUAACUCUGAGUAUCGAUGCCUUGCAGAGACUGUGGUAAUGACCUGUCUCGGGGGGGUUGCACUUUUUGAAGUGUUGCAGUGCGUCACUAGCUUUAGUUUAGAGUGAAGACUGAACUGUGGGUUAAAUGAUGGAUUCCUUGAAAACAGUGGAACCAACUGUGCAGCCCCUGAGGGUGGGUCCUGCAGCUCUCAACCAGGGCUUUCUGUCUUUGAUUCUGGGUAACUGCUUCCUGGCAUCCAGGAGUUAGAGAUCUUUUCAUCCUCCUUCACUAGUUCUUGAUGCCUUUAAUGGGAAUAUUGAAUUUGUUUAUAAGCUGAUUUGUUCAAACCAGGGAGUGUGGGCUACUCCUGGGUGUCCUACAGUCACUUUGCCCUCACAGCAAGGAUGUAACCACUACUAAACACAGUUUUUACCUUUUCCUUUAUUCCCAUUAAAACUGAUGUGAAGUAGUAGAAGGCUUGUCAUUAUAGUCAUGCAUGAAGUAUCGGAGUCUGGUUUCCUGCUCUGUCUCUUUAGAAACAUUGUCAGCCUUGAGUCUGCCUAAACAUGAGGUAGAAGGUCUGGAAGGGAUGGCCAGAGUGGGACACACAAGGUAUAUAUGGUAUGUGGUGACAUGACCAUGGAGACAUGACUGUGACAAAUGGAUCCUUAGGAGGAAUGUCCCCACUGGAAGCUUUGACUUUAAUUACAUGAAUUUCCUUGGGCCCCAUUAAAAAUAAUCACUCUGUGUUAGCGAAAUGUUUAUGGUUCAGGUAUUAUGUGUGCCUCUAUAUUAAAGGCUGAUUGACAAUGUGUAUGGAAAUACUUUUAAAUGGCAAGGCAGGAUUGCUUCUCUGACCUGACUAUGAAAAGUAAAGUGCUAACCUAUGAGUAUUCCCUGGAUGUCAGUUUUGCCAUCCAAGGGACACUGAACUCCCACUGGGGUGUCCUCAAACUCAGAUCCACCUGCCUCUACCUCCUGAGUGAUGGGAUUAAAGGCAUGCGCCACCACACCCAGCACUAGGUACACUUAUUUUUAAGGUAUUUGAAGAAUGUUACAAUAUCAUAUACCAUUAUUUAGACCAUAGAAAUGUUUCAGAAUUACAUACAUUUUAGGAAAAUUGGGUUUUGUUCUGCAGUAUUCAAAUUUAAACACAUAUGACUACCUUUUGCUUUUAUUGCUGAUUUUUUUACCCCCCCCCAAAUGGUACAGGUAACCAGGUGAGAUUAGGUGAAAAUUACAUGAAAAACUACUAUCUGAAAUUGAGGUCUACUAACCUAAAUUACAAAGUUACAGAGCACUUUAACUUCUGGCCACAUAACUAGCAUGCUACAAUGUAGUUCUCUGGGUUUAAUCAGUCAUGGCUGUUGAGAACAGUGUGCUUCCUACCAGAUACACCUGUGGCUGGGCUCAGGAACUGCACAGAAUGUAAUCCUGACUGUUGUGUAACUGCUCAGUUACUACACAAAUACUUGAUUUACUGUGUAUGUUUACAGUAUUAUUUAUAAACUUUGUAUGACCUUUAACUUUUUACAAAACAUUUUUAUAAGUAUACAAGCUUUGCAAGAUGAAAAUAAACCUGUUUGCCUGUUA